AUGGCCCUCCCCUCGAAAAUGAAAGCAUGGCAAUACUCCAGCAACACCAAAGGCAUAACACCGCACCUCAUCCUCAACCCCAGCGUCCCGGUCCCAAUCCCCAGCCGCCUAGGCGAAAUGCUCAUCCGUGUCCUCUCCGUCGCCCUCAAUCCUGUGGAUCACAGACCAGCAGAGACGGUGCUCUACCGCUUCGCCAUUCCCAAGCCCGCGACGCCCGGUGUCGACUUUGCUGGCGAAGUCGUGCAAGCGCCUGCGGAUGGUGCGUUCCGGGAAGGCGACGUGGUGUUUGGUGCGUCCGGGAGUAUUUUUGCCGGCGGUAUGCUUGCUGAGUAUGCCGUUGCUGAAUCCAGCCGAGUCGUUGAGGUGGGAAAGAUUACGCCUAACGAAGCAGCUGCGAUUGCGAUUGCUGGCCUUACGGCCUACCAGUCCAUCAUCUCGCGUGUGAAACCGAACAGCCACAUCCUCAUCAACGGCGGCAGUGGCGGGCUCGGCACGUUCGGGAUCCAGAUCGCAAAAGCUCUUGGUCACAGCGUCACGGUCUCCUGCUCGGGUCGAAAUGCAGAGCUGUGCCGCUCGCUGGGUGCAGAAGUCAUCGACUAUACUCAGGGCACUCUCCUCCAGGAUCUCAAAAACGCGGCAAAAGUCCGCGAGUUCGACCUCGUGGUCGACAACGUCUUCGCCGAUCCGGACUUGUAUUGGAAAGCACACGAGUAUACGGUGCGAGAUGCGGAGUACGCGGUGACACCAAUCAAUACCACGUACGCCUUCAUGCGGCCGUUUGUGGCCAUGAAGCUCCUGCCUGGCUUGUUGGGAGGUGGCCAGAGGAGGCUUACUGUCAUGUUCGGCCAGCCGAAGUUAGAGCAGCUCGUACAGAUUCGGGAUUGGAUCGCUGAGAGGAAGAUCGAGGUGGUUUUCGAUCAAGUCGUGCCGUUUGAGGAAGUCAAGCAGGCUUUCGAGAGGCUCACAUCUGGUCGUACGGUUGGGAAGAUCAUCGUCGAAGUGGCCAGAGCUCCAGGAAGCAGCAACACUCAAACGUCCUGA